AUGUCCCAAUUAUAUAAAUUACUUAAAGUGUUUAUUAGUACAAUUUUAUUCAUAUUUAUUUUCGUGGAAUUUAAAAUGGUUACUGCUGUUUCUUUGAAUAUACAAAGUAAGCUCGAAUCCUCCACGAGCUUAGAAUAUAUGAAGAAUUUGCUGAACUCUAUUGAACAGUUCCACAUCACAUCUCAACUCUGUUCUAAUGAUUCUGAGGGAGUUGCAAAACUGAGUCAGCAACUUGUAAUGCUGGAUAAAACAACUCCAGGUGGCUUAACUGGCUAUAUUGAUCGUGCAAGAACUUUGUUACUAGCUUCCAAAAAUGGAGAAGAUUCCAAGCAAGGUUGUUAUCCUGAGGUACCCGAUGUGAUUAACUUAAAAACUGGUUCAGAGGAGUUUGUUGAGUAUGAGAAGAUAGGAGCUACUCUCUUAUCCAAAACAGCAUUUGUACUGGUUGCUGGAGGACUUGGUGAAAGAUUGUCAUACAAAGGUAUUAAGAUUGGAAUUAAACUUAGUCUUAUAUCUGGAGUAACAUUUUUUGAAGAGUAUGUGGAUUAUAUUUUAGCGUAUGAAGAUAGGAUUUUAAAGGCAACAGGUGGGAGGGUUGCUAUUCCACUUAUAAUUAUGACGUCUGAUGACACUGAUUCUUUGACAAGACAAUUUUUAUAUGAAAAUGAUAACUUUGGUCUUAGUAGUGACCAGAUAUUUAUUGUUAAACAGUUAAAGGUACCUGCAUUGAGUAACAGUGAUGCUGCAAUUGCCUUAGACCCUAACGAUCCUUUUAAGGUACUUACGAAACCUCAUGGUCACGGAGAUAUUCAUACUCUCCUAUUAAAUUCACAGAUACUUGAAAAGCUCUCCAGUGAUGGGAAAGAAUACUUAGUAUUUUUUCAGGACACGAAUAGUCUUGUAUUUCAUAGUGUCUUGGCCUCUUUGGGAGUUACUGAAAAAGAAUCAUUUGAUAUGAUAAGUUUGACAGUUCCACGUGUUCCAUGUGAACCAGUUGGUGCUAUUUGUCGUCUUAGGUACUCAAACGGCAAGCAUUUGACAAUUAACACUGAAUAUAAUGUGCUAGGAGCUUUAUUAAAAAGUUGUGAUAUUGGUUCUGAUAAAGCUGAUAAAAAUACUGGGUAUUCUCCCUUUCCAGGAAAUACAAAUGUACUUUUUAUCCGCUUGAAACCUUAUUUAAGUACAUUAAAACGAACUGGAGGUAUUGUCCCUGAAUUUGUUAAUCCAAAGUACACGGAUUCAACAAAAACCACAUUCAAAUCUCCAACUCGUUUGGAGUGUAUGAUGCAAGAUUUACCAUUACUAUUUGAGAAGGAGAAGGUAGGAUGCAUUCAAUUAGAACGUUGGUUAACAUUUUCUGCAUGUAAAAAUAGUCUUGCAGAGGCCAUAAACAAAUAUAAAGCAGGCUUGGGACUUGAUACUGCAUCUAGCUGUGAAGGUGAUUACUAUGCAGCUAAUGCUCAGCUAUUACGCUUGGUAGCUAAGGAAAAGGGGAUAACAUGUCGUAUUGAGGAAAGUGGUAGAGAUCCUGUAACAGGUGAACUGGAUAAUAGAAGUUAUUUAAAAGAUGACAUAAUUGUAGGUUUGCCCGUUAGAAAUGGUGCAAAUAUAAUAUUCCAUCCAUCAUUUGCAAUAUCAUACUAUGAAUUAGCUGAAAGGAUUAAGAGUGGCCCAAUUUUCAUUUCUGCUAAGUCUUUUUUAUCUGUUGAGGGAGAUGUAAUUAUUAAAGGCAAAGUAUUUAUAUCGGGAUCUGUGACUAUCAAAGCAGCACCUGGUUGCAAAAUCAUUAUUAAAAAUUUAAUUGUUAAUAAUAAAGGGUCUGAGCGCUACAUUCUCUCUGAAGAAGAGUUGAAAUUAGCUUCUCAAGAUAUACAAAUAAGAGGUUAUGACUUUCGACAUAAUGAGAUCAGAUCUAUUGAAUGUACUACUGGUACUCUCUAUGUUGAUGAUGCAUAG